CAGAGUCUGGGGAAGGAAAGGAGAGAGCAUGGGGUGUUUUUGAAUAAUUAUUAAAAUGAGCAUGUGUCUGCGCCAUCCUGUGGGUGUGGCGCAGAGCGGAGUGUAAACUCUAGCGGGGCCGAAGCAAACAUUGGCUUAGCGGCAGCAGCUGCCAGUCUGUGCCUAGGAGUGUGGGGAUCAGCGCGCGGCGGCAAGCAGACCAGCACCAUGGCCUCCUCUCAGGGGAAAAACGAGCUGAAAUUCGCCGACUGGAUGGCAACUCUGCCUGAGAGCAUCCACAGCAUCCCCCUCACCAAUUUAGCCAUCCCAGGGUCCCAUGAUUCCUUCAGCUUCUACAUUGAUGAAGCGUCUCCUGUAGGCCCUGAGCAGCCAGAAACUGUCCAAAACUUUGUCUCUGUGUUUGGAACUGUAGCCAAGAAGCUGAUGAGGAAAUGGUUAGCCACUCAAACCAUGAGCUUCACUGGCCAGCUAGGAGCUGGGAUUCGCUACUUUGACCUUCGAAUUUCCACCAAGCCUAGAGACCCGGACAAUGAACUGUACUUUGCUCAUGGCUUAUUCAGUGCCAAAGUCAAUGAGGGUCUUGAAGAGAUCAAUGCAUUUCUCACAGAGCACCCCAAAGAGGUAGUAUUCUUGGACUUCAACCAUUUUUAUGGGAUGCAGAAAUAUCACCAUGAAAAACUGGUCCAAAUGCUGAAAGACAUCUAUGGAAACAAAAUGUGCCCAGCUAUUUUUGCCCAGGAAGUGAGUCUAAAGUACCUAUGGGAGAAGGACUAUCAAGUAUUGGUCUUCUACCACAGUCCAGUGGCAUUGGAGGUGCCCUUUCUCUGGCCUGGGCAGAUGAUGCCAGCACCUUGGGCAAACACGACAGACCCUGAGAAGUUGAUCCAGUUUCUUCAGGCUUCCAUCACUGAGAGAAGAAAGAAGGGCUCGUUUUUUAUAUCUCAGGUGGUGCUGACACCCAAAGCAAGCACUGUGGUCAAAGGUGUGGCAAGCGGCCUCAGAGAAACAAUCACAGAAAGAGCUCUUCCUGCCAUGAUGCAGUGGGUCCGCACCCAGAAGCCAGGAGAGAGUGGCAUCAAUAUUGUCACUGCGGAUUUUGUAGAACUUGGUGAUUUUAUCAGCACUGUCAUAAAACUCAACUAUGUCUUUGAUGAAGGAGAAGCCAACACUUGAUAUUACUCUUUGGAGUGUCCAUGAGUAAGAUAGAGAAGCCUCAUUGUAUUAGACAUAUUCUCAAUACACCCUCUGAAUUUCCUAUUCCACCAAGUCUCUGAAGGACUUAGGGAUGGUAACGAGUGGAAAAGAGGGUAUACCGUGUCUUCAGUGAUUGUAACCAUAUUCUGCAUUACUAUAAAUAUGUCAUUUCCCAUUUGGUGAGCAAAAUCUACUACUAGUGUUAGGAAUAGAAAAGAACAGUGAAUUUUGUUUUUAAGAAUUAAUGUUUGUGAUAUGUAACUCAUGAGUGUUUACUUGACUGCAUUUUCUAAUUUCAACCUCGGGCUCCUAUAUUAUUCAUACCCUUUACCCUUUCCACUCCCUCUCUCUUGCUUGCUCUUUCUAAUUAGAUGCUAUAUGGGUCUCAAAACAAUUGAAUGCCCAACGUAAUGUGUAUUACAUUGUUGUACUGAAAUGUGUUUGUUUUGUGAGAUUUGAUAAAAUAUUCCAUAGUCAUCUGCAAUUGGGCAAUUGUAGCUAAUUCUUGAUCAUAGAAAAUAUGCAUCAAAUCUGUUUCCCUGCAUCGGUAAUAUUGGCAGUCAUUAGUGAUUUUUGUGUUCUAUGAAAACAAUGGUGUUGCAGAGUAUUUCCGUGUGAGGCAGCUAUGACUACUGUGCAAAAAGGUUGUUUGGAAAGACUGUGAGCAUCAACUUUAUAUUUUAAAAAGAAUAAAAGAAGACUGUAAUCAGAGAUAGCUAUAAUUUUAAUUCAGCAGUCUUAAAUAAGAAUGCCUUGCAAAUGUCAAGUUACAAUUGUGUGGCAAUCAGAAAAAAAUUAAAUCCAUAAAAACUUCUCUUAAUAAUUUUAAUUUUUCUUGAAAAUCUAAAAGAAAGACCACCAUAAGGCUCUCCUAUAUAUUUGGGAUUCCAAAUGCAUAAUUCUAAAACCCAGAUUAUGAAAAACAGUUUUAAAGACGCUUCAUUUAUGUUUAUAACUUAUAAAGAAGAAGGUGAAGAAAUGUAGAGGGAAUUCCAAUAACGCUUCUUGAGACUCAAUCCAUAGUCUCUAAAGUUCCUUCACAAAUUUUUUCAGUAUGUAUGAUCUCUCCAGACUGAAAUUCAGUAAGCAGUCUGGGUUCCUUGCUGCUUGCGGUGAGAAAAAGGCCAAGGAGCUGAGGUCUCAUGCAAAGUUUCAGUGGCAUCCCUUUUGGUAAUACAAGAAAAACAAUGUUAACACACUUUUGAGUGCUGUAUUCUACUUGUAUCUUUGUAGUAUUUGGCAACUCCAAAAACAAACUUCAAAGGGCAUAAUCCCCCUCUCUAUGUUUCACACGAAGAUCAUGAGGUAUUUAUUAAAAACUAUACAAUUGCUAAAGUUCCUAAAAUUAUGGAUUAUUUUAUCUUCACACAUAGAAAUAAUUAACCUUCAGUAGUUUCCUGGGAUAAUGGAUUUCCAUGCACAUCGUACCCCUGGAGAAAUCAAAGCAUGGCCUUGGCUUUUAAUUAAUUUGAAUGGAGGACAUAUGAGUUAAUCCCUUUGACCUAGAUAAGGAGUUGGUUUAAAGUUUACAUCUCAAUAUUAUAAAUAGCCAAGAGUUGACUUAGAUUGUAGAUACUCUUCAUUAGAGAACUGCACUUUCUAACAAGUACAGAAAGUGAAGAAAAAAUGAUAUACCAAAUAGAAUGUUUGUGGAAAAUGUGGUUUCUUUUUAGAAUAAGUAAGGUGACUGUACAUGCAGCAGAUAAGUUUAUAAUUCCAGUUGUGUGUGUGUAAUUUGUCACACAUACUCUGGUGCAGGCAAGCUGAUAAUGAGAUACACAAACACACACAGAUUAUAUGAAAACAUAGGAUAAUUGUCUUUAAAUAAAAACACUGGUUAUUAAUAAGUAGUAUAACUUAAAGAUGAAUCCCAGAGCCAGGCAUGGCAGUACAUGCCUAUAAUCCCAGAAUAUGAGAGACAAGAGAAUUAGUAUUUCUUCAAGAGUAGCCUGGUUUAUACUUUGAGCUCAAGGUUAUCCUGAGCUACAUAAUGAGAUCCAUUCUCAAAAAUCUAAACAAUAAAAUAAAAAUAUCCUCCUUUAGCAAUGUAUGGAAAAAUGUUACAAAACAUUUGAAAAUGCAGUAGUUUAUCAUUUAAAAUACUUUUUAUAAAACCAUCACAGCUUGGGUCUUAAUAUUCACAAAGCAUAUUUUUCUUUCUUUGUUUAUCUAUCCUCUGCAAGUCUAUUAUCUGUCUGUUUCACUUGAUCUUUUGUGCAGAUGAAUAGGAACUCUGUUUAACCAAUUGUUGACAUUAUUCUCUAUAAAUUUUCUUUUGGAAUCAAUCUGCUCUGUGAUUACUCAAUAUUGAUGCCUCGUGAGCAUCUAUAGCCAAGCACAGUUGCAAUGACACAAUUAUUUAACUUUACAAUAUGACAAAAAGAGAUUCUUAAUCUGUUAGCCAAAAAUGAAUGCAAUGUUAAAGUAACUUUAUUGUAUUUUCUUGAAUUUGGAUGUUUUACUACAGUGUUAGCACAGAGUCAACUUUGUGAUAUUGUUAUGUGUACUGGGAAGAAUAAAUAUAAUGAAGCAUUAGACUAAAAUUACUUAACUAGGAAAGAGGGUUUGUUUGUUUGUUUGUUUGUUUGUAUUGAGGAUUUUGCCAUUAAAGAUGUCUACACAGAAGUUUGUUAGCAAGAAAUUACUUUCAGUCUGAACUUAUGAUUUCCAUAUGGAUAUACAGUUAGUUUCCGGAUAAUAGGCGCUGAGAUAAAUGGACUUGCCUUAACUUCUAAAUAAGGACUAAGAUAGAAAUAAACCCCAAGAGAGUUCACUAAACGAGAUUUCCGGGAAAGAAAAUGGAGAUAAGGUGCCUUUAGGUGUCUUCUGGUCAUUGGCCCGGCUGUGGAGCACAUUCAUAGAGCAGACUCAUUUUAUAGAGAAAUGAUGAUAUGCAAUUCAGUCAGACCCUUAACUAUGCUUUGUCUUUCCAGAGAGCAGGGAGCAUGACGGCUACACAUAGGCUUCAAGUGUAGCUAUGUCUUGAUGUCCUUUUUGUUUUCCUGACACUUUAAAACACUUUGUGUUACAAGUCCUAUAAAGCAAAAUAUAAAAUAAAUAAAUAGCUAAAAUCCAAGUUUUACUCAACCUGUGGCAAUGAAGCCAAGGAGUGAGUGGAAAAAGGGAAAAUACUCAAUAAAAACAUUUUUUACAUUUGCUUUCCUGUCGAUUGCUCUGAAGGACCAAUAUAGCAAAUAUUUCUGCCAUUACCAUUUAUGUCUCCUUCUUACUACACAGAGAACAUGGAGAACGAGGAGUUAUCCUUUAAAAGCCUUAGGGAAUUCUAUAUGGUAACCUCAGUGUUCACUUUCAGCCAUAUUGGGGAAACUCAAACAGAGAAUGUAUCAGAGAAUAAAAUAUUUGGCAAGACACACACACACACAUUGUUGAAGUUGCACUCAGUCAAAAUGGUUCUCUUGAAAUCAAUAUAUUCUGUGUUAUCAGGCUUGACUAUAGAUCCAGUUUUUCAAGGCUUAUGGGGAAAAUCAUUAUAACACCAAUAAAAAGCGAGACCAUCAGAAAAUAGAAGCUUCUAGCAGUAGCGCUCUAUACUGUCAAUUAACCUCAAGAUACAAGAUCUAAUGCAAACUUGAAUAUAAAUGUUUGAGCAUGUACACAUCUUCACCCAAAGGUGUUGAGUCCUCUAAUGUUCUGAGGUGUUUUCGGCAGUGCCCCUGUCCAGGCUCCUAUCUGUUAGAAUCACUGACUGGAGAGUUGGAAGUCUCAGGAAAUGCACGUAUCUGUUAGUUUUCAGUCCUACCAUUUUACAAAUAUUUAAUCACACAAUUUUCUAACUUUUCUUUGGUUAGUCAACCAAAGAGGAGAUGAAUAGGUCAAGUGCUUGCAUCCUGAACUGCUAAGAGAAAAUAAUACACAGUGUCUGUCCCUCAGGAGAUGCUAAAUAAGAUGUCUAAAGAAUUUUAUUUUGCUAUAAUUUUAGUCUUUUACACUAGUUUUUCAGUGACAACAUGGUGUGAAUGCUCUAUUUGCUAUAACUUAUUGGUGACCCUGUAAAAUGUACAGUUUAAAAUAAUGUCCUAAUUGUUUGUUUUCCCGAUGAUGAUAAUAAAAUAUUCUAUAGAAUUUGUAAAAGGUGUUAAUAGAAAAUUGUGUAAUUUUUAUUUUACUUGUGAUACAAUUUUGUAGUUCUUAGCUCUGAGCAUACAUUUGUAUGAGUCAAAACUGUCAGUGGUUAGUGUAAUUAUAUUGUAUCUUCUUAAAAAUCAAACUUAUCCUAAAGAAAAAGGGCACAUCAUGACUAGCCUUAACUCAUUUUCAUUUUUGCUUUGUUUUGUUUGGGCUUACUAGAAUUGCUGCAAUUUGAAUUUUUUUUGCAAAAAUCAUAUUUCUUCUAAAGAUGUCACUUAAUCAAUCUUACGAAGCAUAUGCUUUAGAAAGAAGCUGAGUUCUCACAACUCCACUGCCCAGGUUGUUCAUUAAUUAUGUUUUUGAAAGUACCUAAUAUCAUUUAGUUCACCAACUUCAUUAUACACCAGAAAACUAAAUUAACUUUAUUUCCAUCAGCUUCAGAAUCAGCGCCAAAAUUCCAACACAGUAUUUUGUAAUGGUAGAUCACUUCUACUUUAAUGGUAAGGUUUUCAUAGAAAGUCAUUUCUCUAACCCACUGCUUUUGAAGUUUGGAUCAUAUGAAAUCAGAUGGACUGCCUUGGAUCUAUGAGAAUCACAGUUUUAUUGACAUGAGAUGAUUCCAAUCUGAUUUGCUUUUCAACAAAAUCGAUAACAACACUCCUCUUUCUCUCUGUGUGCAACAGGAGACUCCCAAUCAGUCUACAAAGGGGGUCAUAUUGGAAGCAAAACUCUAAUCUAUUUUAAGCUUCUAUUCAUGAACAUUGCUUCCUAAUUUCUUCCAUUCUUGGUUAUUUAUUUUUAAUGGUUACAGUUGCCACAUGAAAGAAAGAACAGCAGUGAAAUUAAGAUCUCAGAUAAAUAAUAUGUUAUUGAGUUUUCUAUAUAAUUCAUCAUAAAUGCUUCCACUAAAAUUCCUAUUUACAUAAGGUUCAAUUUUAAAUGGAUGAGGUCUUCAUUGCUUCCUUUAAUCUGGUAACACUAUGCAUAAUUCCUUCCAGUCUUUUUCAGCUGGUGGCUGUGAGCUCUGAGAUCAUCCUCCUAUAUUAACACAACUCAUAAAAUCUGUUGUUUUGGUUCCUUCAUGAAGAAAAUAUUGUUUUACACGAAACCUAUGGAUGCUUUUCAAGAAUCUUCCCAAAAGUCAUUUGAAAAAUCAAACAAGUGUCUUCAUUAGAUGAAUGCUACCAAAUUCAAUUUUCCCCAUAAUGGCUUGCUGGAGGACUAGACUCUACCUAAUAUUUCUGAAAAUAGAAUCCCCCAGUUAUUGAGACAACCAAACACAUAGCACAUAUUAAAAACUUCUCUUGGAAAGUGGGAGUGCCAUCUAACUCAAGACCAAAGCUUGUUUCUAAAAUUCAGUGUGUUUUCCUUUGAGAGAGGAAUCAAAUGAAUCCACCAUCCCACUCCAUCUCAUUAACACCUUACAAUUAUUUUGUGAAUUACAAGUAGUCAUCUAUGUGACUGUAGAAUAUUUGAUGAAAGGAACUCUUUAGUGAGUGAGAAAAGAAUCCAAGAGAAAUACGGUCUAGGCCUGAGGGUUUGUUCCCACGUUGAAGGAUGAUUCUAGGCAGUCAAUGAGGACAGAAAGUGAUCCGUGGGGUAAUGCCCACGCCACAGAGAGUUGCUGAAACAGAUUGUAUGUGCAGUUGGUUUUCAGGAACUGAAACCAAAAUACCCUGAAUAUGAGCUAUGAGAUCUAAGUCUGGUUCCGAUAUCAGCUUUAGAACACUGGGACCAUGCCCGAAUUCCUAAAUAAAUGCCCAGUGUUUCCAACAUAGAGUCCUUCAUGAUCUGAAGAUGAAUGAAGUUCUGGAAACUUCCUGAUAGCUACCUCCUCUCUUAAAAUUCCUAUGAUAAACAUAGGAAACCUAAAUCCCAUCAUAUGUUUCCAUCUCGUGAUUGCUGCCAAUACAUAUUUGUGUUGAUUUGCUUCAUUGCUGGAGAACAAGACUGUGUAGAGCUACUGAUGUUUCCCUUCAUGAACCCCAGGAAGUCACCAGAGCAAGUCAUUCCUGUGCCUUCUCUUUUUAGGAUCUGUUCGUUGAUACUUCAGUACAUGUGCUGUUAUGAAAAUCCAUGCCUGUAGUCUAUAUAGAAGAUGUGAUUUUUUUAUAUAUGAAAUUGUGUUCUUAAUGUUAAAAGAGUUUAUUUGUAGCUAGUGAAAUUGCUUAAUAAAGUCCUGGUACCAGU